GAAAACUAAAACAAUCAUCAAAUAUUCAUAAAAUAUUAAUUUUAAAACAUAAAUUAUAAAUACAAAUAUAAGUAAUCCCGCGCAACAGUGCGGGUCUGAAUCUAGUUUUGGUUAAAAUGAAGAAAAUCCUAACACAAUAAACAACUAAAUUUGUUACAUAAUCAAAUAAACGACACAUUUUGGUUAAAAUGAAGAAAAUACAAACUAUUUAAAUCUGACACACUUUAUCUAAAUAGUACCACAACGACAAACUGAUUUGGGCUAAUUAUGGCAAAAAAAAUUGUGGUUCGGUGAGAAAAUUUUGCCAAAACCCAUAAAAUACAUCUAUCUAAAGUUGAAAAUCCGAUGGAAAGAAAGUAACAACUCCAUGUUCAAAACUUGACCGUUGUGAUUAUUACGCAGACACACAGGUAUAAGAAACAAGUAACAAGUAUAAGAAUAUCAAGAUAUAUACGAAACACAUAACGAGUAUAAGAAGAGUAAUGAGUAUUUGUGUCCAAUCAUAAAUGCAAUUAUAAAAAAAAACAAAAAAACAUAUAUAUUUUGUAUUUGUUCUUACGCAUGAAUCUAUUUCCUGCGGUAGAGAUCUGAUGAAAUUCAAUUAAUUUCGUUUUCUUUUCUUGGCGUGAUCUAAGGUUGAUGUAUUCAUUACGCAACACCUUUGGUCGAUCUGGAUUAUGUGCUCUCCUUCUCGUCUAGUGUAGUAGAGUUCAUGUGUGAUUUUCAUUUUCUGAUUGUUGAUCGUUGUAAUGUUACAAAUGUUUGAUGAUCAGGACCUCGGAUUAUUUGCCAAUUUUCUCGGCAUUUUCAUCUUCAUUUUGGUCAUUGCUUACCAUUUUGUGGUGGCCGACACAAAAUUUGAAUGAGGUUUUUGUAUUUUAGUUUCUUACUACAAAAUAAUUAUUUAUGUGUCGGAAUCAAACAUGUCUUUAGCAUUCCAUAGAGUCGACAUGUUUCGCCAGUAAUGUAUCUUUCACAAUGUAUUUUUUUUAUUAUGAACAAUAGAUAAAGACUUUUCAUCAUUCAAAUUUUUAUCAUGCGAGUUACUUGUUUUAGCUAUCAUACAGCUUUCUGUACAUGCACAUUGUCUUUUCUCUGCCUUAGUCGCUUGUACCACAGUUCCAACUAGUUGUUGAGACUUCAUGGUAUGAGUCAGCUUAGAUUUUGAUGCUUGUGAGUAACCACACACUUGACCUUAUGAAUUGUUAUAUCUAAAGUUAGUUUCUUCACAUUGCCAUGAUAAUUAUCCUGUUUACAGAUUUAUUUGUUCCACAUUAGCAUAAGUUUUUCUUUUUGCAUGAUGUUAUGUGCUACAUACGCAGCAUUAGCCUUUGUUUUGUGGUACUCAUUUUCUAUUGACGUCAAUCUUCCAAAGAUCAGUUUCAUUCUUGAACCUCUCCGCAUCUUCCUGGUUGUUGCUAGAUUAUGUACCUGCACCAAUUCUAACUGUACUUCAGUGUGAAGCUUCUUUUUGUAAGCGUGUUAGUUGUGAUCAUGAUGGGUAGCUCUUUGUAUGUUACUAUAAUAUGGGAUGGGUUUUUGAAGUAAUCCAAAGAUAGGGACAAAGAACUCAAAGGCUGAUUGUUGUGUGGGAUAAAUAGCUUGUAGGCUCUGUCUCACCUUAUGUAUUGUUUUGACUUUUGUUAAAUACAAAUAAUCAGGGAGAGUUUGUGGGUGUAAAUCUUUGUAUAAAGCAUGUAUACUGCAACAAAAUCUCCAAUACACAUUCUUGCAGUGUCAAGUGCCAAAUUCUUUGUUUGCCACAUAUAUAAAGCGUCAGUUACUAAUGUUUUUAGCUACUAUGUGAUUAGAGAAGAAAAAUAGCACAUCGGCAUAUAAGCUCACCUCUGAAAGUGGACCAACACAGUGAAAAGAAAAGUAAUGGCUGAUGCAAAAAAAUCCAAAUUAAACCAUUCUACAUAAGUAUGGUUUGUUAAAGGAGAAACCUAUCUUUACUGCAAAAUUAGGUUGAUCAACACAAACAUAUACUUCGUAUUUAUUUUGGAAAGAUUGUUAUGUAAAUUUUAAAACAAAUGGAAAAAUACAUUUUAUUUGGGUCAA